GUUACCGCUUCUGGUUUUCAAGUUCUUGGCUCAAGGAUCGUUACUUGGCACCACUCACCGACUUGGUUUCCCCAGGCGUUCGGGCUUGCUCGUGCGGUUGGCAGUACUACUAGGACCCGCUUACGUGAAUUUCCAUAUCGCCGCCGCCAACAAUGGUGCCCGCGCCUGCCAGGAGCUCCGGCCGGAGGCGCGGCGGCGCCGGGUGGCAGCAGCCCGCGGCGCCCCCGCCGCCGGCCGAGGCGUGCUGGCAGCCGAUGCACAACCCGGCGGACACGCUGGUGCACUUCCACAAGUCCUUCGGCGUCAUGCAGGAGCUUUUCGACCACCGCGACUUCGCCACGCUCGGCGCCGAAGUGGUCCGCUGCGCCGCCAUGGCGACCCCCGUGGGCACGGUGGCCCAGCCGCGCUUCUUGGACCUCGGCUGCGCGCCCGGUGGCUUCAGCGCGUGCCUGCUGCAGG